ACGAUACGCACAACUGAUUACCAACUUUUAAAGGAUUAUUUUUACCCUCGUAUUCACAGCGGGGUAUUUAUUUUGUCUUUACCUAUACUUCAAGUGUAAUAAUAGUCGUCGCUACCAGUUUGGGCGCUCAACCCAGAAUGGUGCGUCUCAGUUGAUCAGACUUACGCAAGAAAAAUCUCCCAGGUUUAAACAGAGUGUUAGGAACUACUAUGAACAAUCGAUCAGACUACACCUUCAUAUGAACAAUUUGUCGUUAAACUGCCAUGAACCAUUCAACAACAGAAAAAUCUCAUCCAGCAAAUCAUCUUCUUGUCAUUGCAUGGUGUAUAUCAUAUGGCAUUGUAGCAGUGCUCAUUAUCAUUGGUAACGGCCUUACCAUUGCAAUUUUUUCAAAUAAGAAAUUUCCACGGAUAUUCGGUGGCUACUUUUUGAUGAACUUGGCUGUCGCUGAUCUCAUGGUGGGUUCUCUGGCUGUACCAAUGUACAUUUAUAUUGUGUGCGCCUUCAGUUAUUCCUCAAUUGACAGAACUCUCCUGUUCUUCCAAGAAGUUUACGUAGUUGUAGACGUCUUCACUGGUCUUGCAUCUGUCUUCACCCUGGCUUGCAUUGCACUGGAGAGACUUUAUGGUGUUCUUUACCCAAUGAGAUACCGCUGGAAAAAAACCAAGUCAAGUUAUAUCAAGGCCAUAGCCAUAGUGUGGGUCAUAUCAGGAACAGCGUCUAUUGUUUAUAUUUUAAGCUCUAGAAAUCUUCUUUUCAUUCUGCCUGGAACAACUUUCAUUUAUUAUUUAACAAUUCUGUCCGUAUUGUCUGUUUUCAUAAUUUCUGCAGCUUACGUUACUGUUUCCGUUCGUGUUCAUCUAUGGAACAAAGAUAAAAUGGAUAUAUGUGUUUCCAAGCAGGAGAAACGUUUGGCAACUGCGUUGUUCAUAGUUACAGUUGUUUUCGUUUUGACUUGGACUCCGUUUCAUGCCAUGAACAUUAUUGCAAACUUUACAAGUACAGCUUUGGCCAGAAUACCUGUAGACCUUGUUUUCUCUGCAAAGCUGCUUCACUACAGUAAUUCACUGGCAAAUCCUGCCAUUUAUUCUCUGAAAAUACCCGACUUCAGAAUAGCAGUCAGGCGCAUGUUUUGUAAAAACUGGGUCAGAGAAACUCGGGUUUGACCAUGUGGCACUGACUCUACAUAUUAAAGGAUCGGGGAAAUAUUUAGCUGGGGCCUAAACCUGAUGAUAUUUAGAAAUCAACAGCUUCCUUAUAUCCGGGUACGGUAUCACUUGUUGACGCCUGGCGAAUGAAAACAAAGAAAGAGGAAUAUUUAUUGGGGUGCUGCAUACCCAAAAGAGUCAGCAAAAAGAGAAAACUGGCGCAAAGACAGUAUAAAAAUGAUGGCAGUUUGGAACACCUCAGUCAUACGACAUGAGUUUCGUCUUUUAGCCAAAGGAAGAGACAACACAAUAAGUGAAAAAGACCGAGCAAACGAAGCAAAGCUCUCUUCAAUCAGCUUGAUCCUUUUUCUUUUUUUUUAUGAAAAUCAUUGUGCAGUUCUCGAUUCAUGCUCUAUCCAAUCUCUAUGAUUGAAUUCUUGGGAAAACUUGAGUGGAUGUUUCGUGCUUAUACUGAACUUUACUGAGACAAAGGGUAAAAAUAAAGUGAAUAUGAGAGCGUU